GCCAAACAGUGUAUCCAAUAAUGAAAGUGGAAAUAAAAUAUCACGAUCCCUUCAAAACGGGCAAGAAUAUGCCUUUGACUCUGUGGUGUUAUGCAGGAUGAGCACCAGUCGUGAAUUUGUGGACGGUGCCUGAACGUCUCAUUGCGAUGGCCGCUAAGACCCUACACGCGCUGGUGUCCUCCGCCGCCUUUCAGCACGCUGACCGGCCUGCUGUGACUUAUCACAGUGGGUCUGUGUCCGGGAGCCCGAUGUCCCUGUGUUACAGAGAGCUGGAGGAGCUGUCUGCUGAUUUUUCUACUGCUCUACGGGAGAGCUGCUCUGAUCAUAACAGCGUGAUCGGGCUGUACUGUUGUGAUGAUCUUUACAUACCCGUGUGGAUUCUGGGGUGAGUGUAUCAUCAUCACCCACCACACUGACCACCACUGUAAGAAGCACCGUCUUUUAGGAGUUUUGGGGUGGCUGUUUAAGAUUGUAAAGUAUCCCAUAUUGUCUGUCAGGAUCCUGCAGACCCCUGCUGCCCAUGUCCCGUUGGACCCCGAAGCUCCAGGACUCCUGUCUGCCAGAGUCAUGAACCAAUGUAGACUCAAAUACUGCGCUGUGAGGACUGACAUGCUGCAGGUGAAGCAUUAGGUAUAUGUAUCAGAGAUACAUUCCCAAACUAGAGGGUUUGAUGGGAAGCAAAUAAAAAAAUAUGUACUCCAUUUCAAUCAAGUGGCUGCAACAUGUUUCAAAACAGGUAGGGGUGGGGACAACAAAACAGGUAAAAUGUUGUGUAAUGCUAAAUAAGCAGCUGAAUAAACAUGUUUAAUUAUGUAUAGGGAAAUGUAAUAUCCAACAGGUUAGUAACAUGACUUGGUAUAAAAAGGACAUUUAGAAAGGCUGAGACUCUCAGAAGGAAAGAUGGGAAGAGGUUCACCACUCUGUGAGAAACUGAGUGAGCAUUUAGAUCAACAGUUUCAGAAUAAUGUUCCUGAGAGUAAAUUGUGAAAAUAUGAGUGGAUUUCAUCAUCUAUAGAACAAAAUAUCAUCUAAAGAUUCAGAGAAUUUGGAGAAAUCUCUGUACAAAAGGGGCAAGAACUAAAACCAAGUCUGGAUGGUCCUGAUCCUCAGGCCCUUAGAGGAAGCACUGCAUCAAAACAGACUGCACUCUGUGGUGGAAAUCAGCACAUCGACUCAAAGUCACUUCCAAAUCCAUUUUCUGUGAGCACAGUUCAUAACUGCAUUCACAAAUGCAGGUUUAAACUUAAAAAUACAAAAAGAAGAAACCAGAUAUUAGACAUGAUCCAGAAAUGUUGCAAAGUAGAAAAAUGGAUACCAUGUCCUCCUCUCUAAAGAGUAGAGGGACUUCCCAGUUCCUUAUCAGCUGUCUGUGCAAAGCCAGCACCCCUGAUCAUGUUAAGUCCAUGGCAUGGGUACUUUACAUGUCUGUGAAGGCUCUCUUAAUGCUCAACAAUAUAAAGAGGUUUAGGAGCAAUAUAUGCUGCCAUCCAGACAAUGACUUUUUCAGGGAAGACCUUUAUAUUUCAACAAGACAAUGACAAACCACAUUCUGCAGGGAUUACAACAGCAUGACUCUGUAUUAGAAGAGUCCUGCUGAUAAACUGGCCUGUCUGCAGUCCUGACUUGUCACCCACUGAAAACAUUUGCAGCUUCAUGAUGCAAAAAAAUGGAAAAAGGAGACACUGAACUGUUGAGAAACUGAAAUCCUUCUAUCAAACAAGACUGGAACAACAUUUUGCUUUCCAAAAUCUGGGAACUGUACUCUUUAAUAUCCAAACAUUUACAGAAUGUAGUACAAAGACACUUGAAUUAAGAGCUGGUGCAACACAAUGGGAAACCUGUCCCUGUCCCAUCUAUUUAAAACAUUUUUGCCUACAUCAAAAUCAAAAUAAGCAUAAAAUAAUCAAUUAGCCUAUGUAUAGCCCAACCUUUGACAUGAUGUCUUUGCACCUUUAACGCUUAGAUAUAGGCUUUAAAUGAUUUGCAAAGCAACAAAAUUAGUUCUUAUGAAUAUUUUAUCCAACUUUUUAGAAUUGGGUUAACACUCCUGCUGAGUUUGGUUAGUUUUUUGUAGCUUUUGCUCCAAAAUUUAAAUAGAUUUUCUUUCCUUCUACCAUUUCAAAGCAUUUCCAGAAAAACCUGGUCAAACACGCCUCUGUGGAGGUUUGUGUUGAGCUGCCGAAGUUUCGACUCACUGUGGCGCAAAUCAAGAUGCUGCUGGACACUGAGGAGAAACAUGGGCCACAGCAAAGCAGGGCCUGGCCAGCAGAGGGCGCUGGUGCUGUAUUAAAAGAAGCUGGUCAUACAGAUUUAGCCUAUGUGCUGCACACAUCUGGAACCACUGGAGUCCCAAAGACUGUGAGGGUGCCACACAGGUGUGUCCUCACUAACAUCCUGCACCUGAGGUGAGCAGAGAACCCUGAAGUAUUUCAUGCUGACACAUUUUUGAAAAAGCAUCAGUAGGAGCAGCUUUGUUGGCUCAGAUCUUUGUUUCAGAUGAGUGAGGAGGAUGUGGUUUUCCUGGCCUCGCCCUUAACCUUUGACCCCUCUGUGGUGGAUAUGUUCCUGGCUUUGUCUUCAGGGGCUCAGCUCCUCAUCGUCCCCUCUCUGAUGAAGAAGAUGCCUCGUCGUCUGGCUCAGUUGCUGUUCACCCAUCACAGGACAUCAGUCCUUCAGGUAGGUGUGCUGACAUUAAAUCCCGCUCAGACGCCUUCCUGCUCGCUGUAACUCCUCCUGUCUCUGUAGGUCACUCCUUCGCUCCUCAUUGGUUUUGGAGAGCGUCUCCUCAAACAGGAAGUGCUGUCAUCUGGCUCCUCGCUGCGGGUGCUCGCUCUGGGAGGAGAGGCCUGCCCCUCUCCAGAUCUGCUAAGGAGCUGGAGGCACAAAGAGAACAAAACCAGAAUCUACAACAUCUACGGCAUCACUGAGGUUUCCUGCUGGGCCUGUGCCUAUGAGAUACCAGAAUCUCUGCUGCUUCCAAACUGCCCGUAAGUAUUAAUAUCUCGUGAUAUAACAGUUUAGUCCCAGGGAAACGAGUCAGUCAUCAAAUCCUCAGAGAGCUCAACGAUUAAGCCACAUUUUAAGGGAGUACCCCAAAAACUUCAAAUAAAGGCCAGUACUCAAUCUGUGUGCAGGUCCUUUAAAAUGGACAGGAUAACAAGCUCUACGAAUGAAUAAAAGUCAGUUUUCAAUUAUUGGCCAGGGCAGUUUCAUAUUUCUAAUAUUGAAAUAUGAAAAACAAGUUGCCAGUGAGUUCACAUUGAUCACACACCAACAUCCACACUUUUAUACUGCACUGUAUCACAGGUCAUCUCCACACAGUUUCUCCUCUUUUCUUUUUUUUGUAUCUUAGAUCAUUGCUUACUGUCUUCAUCUCCACUCAGUGCUGCUCAGAGCUGCACUUUGAUCUUUAGUCCUGAUGGAGAUAAAGUCAGUCCACUUGCGGUGUAUGUGGAGCUGGACGAAGAGGGAAAGUCCUGAGCAUUUUAAUGUGGAGUCUGUUCAUGACUGGCGUGACAAAUUUCAAAGUCUAUCACCAUUUUUUGGCCCAUAAAGAACCAGGGAAGAAAGCAUCUUUAUAUGUAAAGUAUUGGUGUAAAUGUUUGAAUGGACUUUAUCCUUAAACCAUUUUUUUAAUUUUAACCUUUCAAUCUCAAGAGACAGGUGUUGAAUCACACUAUGAUAUUUGUACCAGAUGGCUGUUCUCAGAUUAACUAUGUAAACUGCAUCUAUCCCUAACCUUGAAUAAAAGGAUCAAUUUAUGAUUAAUUUUUAGUUUAUUUUACAAGCUCCCAACCUGCUAUCAAAAUGAAAACUACUAAAGGUGAAAUUUCUGCCGGAUCUGACUAAAAGCCCGAAAAAGGACCCUCUAAAAAAGAAACAGCUGUAAAGGUGUUGUAAACCUGUGACAAAAACACGUGGGUUAACGCCAGUAACAGCAGAAUUGAAAAAUGUAUGGAUUUUUCCUAUAUUUAUUCAUUUUUAAAUGCAUGACUUAGGGGCCGGAUUGAGGUCUUUACAGGGCGAUAUUCAGCCCACUGUUAGUGUAAUGGAUGGGUCUUGUCUGCAUCCUGUCUGUAUAUUUAAAGAAGCUGAUUACACUGUCAUAUAAAAUGAUUUACUUGUCUUUCAGCCCCUCAGUGCCUCUCGGGUCUCCUCUGAUGGACACAGUGGUGGAAGUCAGAGAUGAACACGGCUGUGUUGUAACAGAGGGAGAAGGACAGGUGUUUAUAGGUGAGGAGGAGCUCCUGACAUAGACACAUGAUGUGUUCAAACAAAACUCACUCACAUGAAUCCCUCUGCUGUUUGGUGCAGGCGGGGAGGGGAGGGUGUGUCUCCUGGACGGUGAGGAUGCUGUUGUCCCCGGGACAAUGAGAGCGACAGGAGACUGGGUGAACAUCAGAGACAACCAGCUGUUCUACCUCGGACGGAGAGACCGACUCAUUAAACGCCACGGGAAACAAGUGAACCUGGACAGCCUACAGCAGGUAGGAGUGUGAAUGAAUAAAUGAAAACCUUCACUGUUCUGAGGGCACCAGAAGCAUGAAAACAUGAAUAUGUCAAAGAUAAUAACAGCCGUUCAGGACAAUGUAUAAUACGCUGUAUAAGGAUAUAUGAUUAAAGCAUCACUGAAGAGGAACAUCAAGGUUUUAUUCUGACUUUUAAUAAAAAAAAAGCAAAGUAUUAAUCUUCUUCCUUCCCUCCUCCAGCUCAUACAGAGUCUUCCUCAGGUGGAAGCCUGUGCUGUGUGUCUACAUGGAGGCUCUCGCCUGAUCGCCUUUGUCGUGGCGUCCACAUCUGGAGAGCAGACAGGAGCUUUUCUGCAGAAACACGAGGAUCAAACACGCCUCCUCUCUCCUGCAGAGAAGUCAGGGGCUGCAGACCGAGAGCUGAGCAAACUGAUCCUGGACCAGCUGUCUCAGCUUAUACCGUCUCACAGCGUCCCAGACACACUGGUCCCGGUCCCAGCUUUGAGUCUGACGAGUCAUGGUGAGAAGAAGACAUAGUUACAGUCACAGAGUUAGAAUUAGUCCAGCUGUUAGAGAUUUAGAGGUGGUCAUUCACACUUUUAUUUAUUUUUAAAAGACAAGAGUUUUAGGUCACCAAAAAAGUAGCUCUUCAGAGCUCUCUUAAAUGCCUUCCAAGGUGGAGAUUAGUGAACUUCUUCACUUGGGCCAAAGACUUGGCCCUCACUUAGAGGGAGGAUCCACCAUUUUCCAGCAUUCGGCUGCUAACCAUCCCAGUGCCUGCUGGAGAUGAAGGUCUGAAGCCUGCAGAUGCCAACAGAACCACAUCAUCUGGAAAAAGCUGAGAUGGAACUUUGAGGCCCCUAACCGGCAGACCCCCCACAGACUGCUCCUUGAGAUCCUGUUCAUGAAUAUCACAUACUAAAUAGCUGAGGGGCAACCCUGGCAAAGGCCAAGAAUGCAGACAUGACUACAUUGUUCUUUCUGGAUCAGAAAUUCUAAAGGGUCUGAAACAAAAUGAACUACCUUAGAGCAUGUAUUCGUUUUUUGCAUUAGGGGCAAAGCCUGUGAGCUAGUUCAGGCACUCUACUUGAGCUGCACUGAUUUCACACUUGACGUAUGCCUCUGCUUUGCUGUUACCACUGCUGCCUUUCUUAAGCCCUGUAAACCAGAUCCUUCUAUUUCUGUCCGUACUGUCCCUGCUGUGUUUUUUUCCUUUCCUCUCUUUUACUGUUGUCUUUGUUUUAUUGCAGGAAAAAUUGACAUGAACGCACUUAUAAAGAUAUACCAGAAACAGAGACAGUGUUCAGGGUCAUCACAGGGAGAUUUCACCAAACUCAAGCAAACUCUUCAGUCCUCGUGGAAGGUAAAUCCAUGUUUAAGAACACAAAUUCCUCUGUAAAUGCUCCCUUGUUAAAUUUUUGAUUAAAUCUCAACAGGAAACUCUCAGUCUUCCUAAAGAUGCGACCAUCGAGGACGACUCAAACUUCUUGUUGAGUGGAGGAGAUUCUCUGAAGGCUUUGCACCUCUAUGAGGAUGUCCUCGCCGCUGCAGGAGGAACCUCGCCUGAGCUGCUGGAGGUUAUACUGGACGGGAGUUUUUCUGAUGUCCUGCAUCACGUUGAGAGGAUGGCACUGACACGUCCACUCGAGAAUAAAACGUCAGCGCUGUCUGAGGGGAAGAAACGACCUGCUGAAACUUUAUCUGAGGUGCCAGCAAAGAGAGGACUCACAGGACGUCAGCAGGAGGGGAGAAAAAGUUUUAGAGUGAUCAGACGAGCAGGAGAGGUGAUGAGGAUCAGAAAUCCAGAGACAGAUAUGAACUCUGAGGAGGAUCACUCAAGAGGAAAGGAUUUCAGGGAGAAAGACGGUGUCCUGGACUUCAGUCUGAGCUGGUCCUCAGACACAGGCAGGUGUGUGGACGCCUCCCCGGUUCUUCUCGUGGAGGAGAAAAAAGAUAACGCUGUAGUGUUCAUCGGCUCCCACUCCCACAGGAUCCAGGCGUUAGACGUUACCACAGGGAGCCUCCAUUGGGAGCGAGUCCUCGGGGACAGAAUCGAAGCCGCAGCUACUGUGUCUCACUGUGGGAACCUCGUGAUUAUUGGUCAGAAACAGCUCUUUAAGAACAGUGUAGGAACAUCACACAGCAUGAUUUGUUGAAUUUGUUUUCGCUUUCUUGCAGGUUGCUAUGACGGCGGUGUGUAUUUCCUUUGUGCUGCAUCUGGAGAGACUCGGUGGGUGUUUAAGACAGGGGACACUGUCAAGAGCUCUCCUGCUGUGGACCCUGUAACAGGUCUGGUGAUGGUAGGAUCACAUGAUGGAUAUGUUUACGCCUUGAAUCCAGAGGUAAGUGUGUUUGAUAUUCAAAAGAAUAAAGGCUCCAUUGACAGCAUUUUAAGAUGUGUGAAUUCAACUCUCUUCAGGUUUAGGCUUUUAUUUUGAAGAUUUAAAAGCUCAAAAGUCUGGGUUUACUUUUAUUUUUGGGCUUCGUCUGCCUAAUAAGAAUAAUAGUCUAAGAGAUGCUCCAGAAGUUUAUAUCAGCCUGCCCUGCAGCAGUGAAACUGACCAAAAGGAGGCAAAAAAUGUGUCUGAUCAAACUUGUCCAGUGAAAGUUCUUGUAUUUCUUUCCUGACAUGCUCAGAGCUUGUGCUUUCACAAUUUAUAUAAUUUUAUUUAUAAUUUAAUAUCAAUUUACCGUUUAGAUUCUGUUAUUACAUUAUUGUAUACACCUCCCACUGGUAUCAAAUUUAAAAUGAGCACAUAUUUCCCAUAAAACUGUAACAUUUUUUUAGUUUCAAUGUUUAAGAUCUUGGCACUUAUUUUUUUAUUAAUUAAAUUGUGGUUUUAAAUGAUUCAUGUCCUUAAACUGUGUUUAAUUUAGCCAGUCAGGUUGCUGAGGCGCCUCACAUUUGAGUGGAAAGGUCCUCUAGGCUACAGCUGUGAGAGUUGAAUGACAUGUGGCCCAAAUAUGUAAUUAAUGAGUUUUCAUUCAAAAUUGACGACCCACAUUAUCAGGCUGCUUUUAAGCCUUUUAUUGAUUGUAUGAAAUAAUUAAUAGUUUUUGUAGUGUUAAGUGUGUUUUACUGUGGUUGCCAUUUUCAAUACGCCUCACUGAUUUAAUAGUCUUUUUCUACCAAUGUAAUUCUGCGAUGUUUUAGCAUCGAUGCAAUUUUCAUCCUAAUUCAAUCACUCAAUUUUACGUUUGGCACUGACACUGUUAUGAAUGAUGAUAAUGCAGGAUAAUCCUCACAUUUUCACUCACUGCUUUUAUUGUGUUUGUAUAUUUCAUGAUGAUUUAUUUCUUACAUCUGAGAAUCCGUACUGUGACCCACUUUUCCCCAAGUAGAUCAAUAAUAUGUUUCUGUUUCUGAUUGAAAUCAGUAAAAAUGAUAAAUCAAGGUUUUGGUUUGUGUGUUUAAUAUGGAUUUAAGGUGGAGCAGUGUGUGUGGAGGUGUCACUGUGGAGGUGGAGCUGUGUUCUCCUCCCCGUGUCUCCUCCCCUCCCCCAGACAGCUGUACGUGGCAUCACUUGGAGGUCACCUGCUCUGUCUGAACCCUGUGAGUAAAAACACGCCUUUUUAAGUAUAAUUCAGUUAUUUUUCACACUUAAACACACUCUGCUCUGUCUGUCUGCUCGCUCUCAGGACAGCGGGGAGGUCCUGUGGUCAGUCUGCAGAGAUUUCCCGUUUUUCUCGUCACCAAACAUGUCCUCUGGUCAGGUGGUGAUCGGAUCAGUAGAUGGAAACAUCUGCUGCUUCAGCAACGAGGGGAAACUGGUGAGGAACACACCUGAGAUUGUGGAGAAAUUCUUUUUAUGAUCAUCACUACAUCUGUUUGAAUAUGCAAAGAGCAGAACUGGUGCUAUUCCUGCAGACAACAGGUUGUUUAUUAUAAACUUCAGCUUCAUAUGCUUGAAAUCUUCUAUGUUCUCAACAACGGGGUAAAACAGAAGUAGUAAACUGGGGUGGCAGUGUGCUCUAGAAACAUCAUCUGUUCAUGAGUCUUACAAGAAGAGUUACUGCAUUGACUUCAUCAUAGUCCAUGUACAGGCUCAGGUUGUUGUUUUAACUGUCUGACGGCAUUCCUGAAAAGAACCCCUGCAGAUAUAGGCCAUCUGAAAAAGUGGAAGAUUCUUAACCAGAGACGGAUAUCACAUCUCCCUUUAGAGCCAUCAGACUUCUGUUACAAAAACACUGUAUUUUUGUUUUGCUGAAAACUGGAGCUGCUGAUUUGCACCCGUCUCUGUAAAGUGUGUUACAAAUUGUGAAAUGUUCUACCAGAUUCAAACUUUUCAUCUAAAACACAAAGGUAACACACCGUUAAGUAAAUUACUGUAAUUCUAAAGAGCUUAGAGCAGGGGUCGACAACCCGCAGCUCUGGAGCCGCAUGCGGCUCUUUCUUCCCUAAACUGCGGCUCCCAAUGGAUUUGGAAAAUAAAUAAUAAAUACUUAAUUGCAUUUUAUUUUAUUUUAUUAUUUUUUAAUUUUUUUUGUAAUUCUAAAUUCAAAGAUUAUAAUGCUCUUGUAACAUUAAAUAAACUAUUAAGGCUGCAACAACGAAUCGAUUAAGUAGAUUCGUCGUGACGAAAAAAUCCGUUGCCAACAAAUUCUGUAAUCGAUUCGUCGGGUCUUUAUAUAUGUCCAUGGACACCGGCGUGUAAACAUCAGCAGGACGGACAGAAAAGAAACAGCCAUGGCCGAGGCAGCGGCUGAGAAAAACAUGGACACAACCCAACCCAAAUCCCGACCUAAAACAUCAGUGGUGUGGGAAAACUUCACCAAGACUGAAAAGGAAGGCGUUCAGUGCAACAUUUGCAAAGACCGUUUUGCAUGGCUCGGGAGUACAUCGAUGAUGCGUGAGCACAGGGCUCUCAAGUCUCACGCAUUCAGCGUAUGACACACGCAUUCCCACUCGUUCACACGCUCACACACCACACAUUGUAUUUCUCACGCAUUUAAAUGAACACGGUGAUGUCCACCAAGUUGCACCUCUUCAACUAUGGAACUGGGGGAAAUCAACUGAGUUCCUCCAAGAGUUCAGAAGCUGCGUGCCACGCACAAGCCAAUCAAAUAAAGUAUAUCUACUGAACAGCCAAUCAAAAAGCAGCAUUGCUGUAUCCGGGUAGAUUUUGAUAUCUUGCAGUUUAACUACAGAAGAAGACAGACACUCGCCGAAAUACUUCAUUUAUUUCAUAAAUGCAACUCGCUACAGUUUUUCAUAUACUUUGUAUAAAGGUAAAAAAAAAAAGAUAUAUGCAAUGUUAUCUUCAUUUUAGAUGUCAAAGAGGUUUUGUGGCUCCCUGUGUUUUCUUUUCUGUGGGAAACUGGUCCAAGUGGCUCUUUGAGUGUUUAAGGUUGCCGACCCCUGGCUUAGAGGCUUUCAAAAUAACAGUAUGGCUGUUUUUGUUUGAGCUCAAAGGGUUAAAAUUGAGAACAACAAGAAGAGGAGAUGUUAAGAAUAUCAGAAUUCACAAACUCAAUAAUGAUUGAAUUUAUUAUUUUUAAUCAAAAUUUAAAAAUAUAUAUUUUAAACAAUUAAGAUACUAGAAAUAAUUAUCAAAAUUCAGGAUUAUUACAUUUAUUUUUCUAUUAGUAUUUUACAACUAUUUUACACUUUUUGUUUAAAAUGACAGAAUUUUUAUAAGCACUAGUAUAAUUAUGAUGAUUAUUUUCUAAUUUAUUCUAAUUCUAUUUAAUUAUACAGUAGUUUUAUAGUAGUUUUUUUCAUAAUAUAAGAAUAGAUUAAUGAUCCUUUUAAGAGAUUACUUUUCAUCUUAUUUUUAUCACUAUAAAUAUUUAAUCAUUAUUAUUUUAACUAUUAAGAUUUUCACUAGUUAUUGUUCAAUGUUAUGCAUAUUGUGUACAUUUUUCUCUUAAUGUGUGACCUAAAAUUCAUUCAUUCAGAAAUGUGAUUACAGUACAUCAGGUAUUGAUUUUAUAUGCCAUAAGGAUAAAAUAAUAACUCAGAGUGAUUUAGUUUUAAAUAGCUUUAAAACUGAAAUGUUAUUGUGAUUUAUUAAAUAUAAAAUAACUCAUUUAGGUAUCUGAAAAGUUAAUUUUCAAUUGAGUUAUUGAAUUAAUGUAAAUGAUGUUCUUGGACCAUUAUAGUUCAUACUGUUCAAACUGAUGGAGGAGAGGCGCUGCUCCCCCUCUCUAGUCUGGUGACAUUUUGGACAAUUUGCUCCAUAUGCAGCAGCAACAGAAGCAGUAUAUUUAGGGACUAAGUGUGUCCCGCAGCCUUGAUUUCACACGUGUUUUUAUUUUAUUGGAACUGAACUCAUUAUUUUAAAAAAUUGAAUCACUCAGUAACAUAUUAAGUGUUUUAUUACAGGGUUCUGGCAGCACUGCAAAGUAAUCUUACAGCUUUUUCUUGUAAACAAACUGAGUUCCUCUUAAAUCAAAUGGUCUGUGUCUGUAGGGGAGCCUGUCUGAUAGUUUUAAGACAAUCUGAACCUGUGAGUGGAAAAUACAUGAACUUUUUGGAGUCCAACUUACUGAACGCAUUUGCCGGGAAGGUUAACAAUGCAGCCGUUACAGCCUGUUCAGUUUGUCUCUUUUUUUCUCUGCAGGUUUGGAAGUUUCUGACUAAAGGACCCGUCUUCUCGUCUUCAUGUGUCACUCAAGACUUGCAGAUGCUUCUUUGUGGGUCACAUGAUGGUCUUCUGUACUGUUUGAACUGUGCAGACGGCUCUUUGGUUUGGACUUUUCAGACCACUGGAAAGGUCUACUCUAGUCCCUGUGUGUUUGACGGCUCUGUGGUGGGCCGGCGGGGGCAGCUGGUGGCUGUGGCCUCCACAGACGGGGUUGUGUGGCUCCUGGACGGACAUGAUGGACAAAUGCUGACCAAGUUUACCCUACCAGGGGAGCUGUUUUCAUCCCCUGUAGUGUGGGGGUGCAAUCUUUUAAUUGGGUGUCGUAAUGACUUUGUGUAUUGUUUAAAACUGUCUGUAAAAGAGGAAACAUAGGAGUAUGAACUGUUUUUGUAAUAAACUCUGAGGCCUUUAAAUCUGUGUCAGAGCAGAGCGAGCUUUGGGGAAUAACAUUUAAUCACACUGCAGGAAAAUAAUGAGUGUGCAGUCUUUCAGGUCAGACAUCAGUAUUUAAUUUACAUUAUUCAUAACAGUUUGUUUCUCAUUAAGAAUAUUCUCAUGAAUAUCUCUAAGUGGGACAAAAAAGUGCAAAUAAUACCGAACAUUUUCCUUGUUACAUGUAACACUGCGCACACUACACUAUUGUGCACGACCAACGUUGGAAACAGAACAACAAAGUGACUCUUUCUGCUCCGUCUGACCUCCGUACAGUACAUACUUACAUACAUACAGAUCAUUUAGUGAGAGGCAGGAGAUGAGAGCUGCAGGGUUCGUCUUUUUUUAUACAGGAAAUGUUUGUAAGAUCGUAUCACAUGGACGAGGAAGUGAUGGCCUACAAACACAAGUGUGUUACAGGAGGACAGAAAUGUUAUGAUACAGCAGGCAGGUGUGUGUCUCUGUUAGCAAUGUCAAAUAAUCCAAUUAAUGUCAUAAAUAAUGUGCAGCUCACUGGGAUCUCCUCAUUUCACUGUGCGCAUCCUUGAUUCCUUUCCUUGUGACUUAGCUCAUCCCGCCAAAAUACAAAUGAUGAUUUAUUGCAAAUACUGUCAAGUCAAAAAUGAUUUAGGAUUUGGUUAUUUUGUUUUUGCACAUAACUUUAGCUUUUUUAGUGUCUCUUCAGCCUGUUACUGGCUUCAGUCAACUCUUAUGUUACUCAAUAUUCUCAUUGCCUUUAAUUAGAAGUGGACAUUGUCUGUUGACUCGCAAAGUGAAGCCGAUGCAUGAGUGCCUUUAAAAUCUGCAUUCUUUCCAUAGACUGUAUAGAGAAUGGACGCUGUCUGCCUCCUCGUUGGGUGAAGCCUCUGUGAAAACAGCACCCUCUGGUGGCGGGCUGCAGUAUAGGUCAUAAAUCCCGCCUCCGCCAGCAAUCCUUAUGGAGCUGUGGACAAACUUUAGAAAUUUAUUACACAGAAUAUAAUUUUUUCCUCCCCAUGGUUACGAUGUUGACAUGUAGUUACUGUACAGCUCUAUGAUUGAUACCUGAUACAGCCUAUGGGCAUACAGAGAUUGCGUAGGUCAUUGUAAAUUUGUAUAAUGGCGGAAGUCGGAGCCAAGUUGUCCAUACUAUACACAGUCAAUGAUUCUUUCCCAUAACCCACAAGGGCAAUUAACUAACACAAAAUAAGUUUUUUAGAGUAAUAGCCCAAAAAAUAGAAAACAAUCUGGAAAUGAUAAAUUGCAGCCAAUUUAUAUAUUUUGUUUUAAUUUUUUCAAUUUAUAAAUAAAUUAACAUUGUAAUGCUGUAAUGUAAGAAACUUUUUUUUUGUUUUUCUUUAAGGCUUAGAAAUCCUUCAAGAUGGUACUCAUGUAUCAGUUUCUUCAUCAGGGGCACAAGGAAAGAGGAAACAAGGAUGCGCAAACUGAGGAGUAAGAAGCACCCUUUGUUGAUGCCCUGUAACGCUUGUCGUCUUGGUGCCAUGUUUAGGUUCUCCCUCUGUCUGAUUGUGGUUACUUUAAAAUGGCAAAAAUGUACAAAUAUUCUCUCUGACAGCUUUCACAGUCAUAACGGACACAGUGAGAUUUGUUCUGCUUAAAGUAUGAGUAAAAAAACAGUAGAAGG